AUGGCUGACGAACGUGUUUACGCGGCGGCGGACUUGCUGCGCUUCCGACCGGGGCUGUUCUCCUGUGGCCUCGACGCGGGUGCAGAUCAUGAAGAGAAGCAGAACGCGCUUGGCUACAAGGUUCAAGAAGUCCAGUGCGUGCUCCCUGCCAAGCCGCCCCUAAAGCCGGGCCGGCAGAAGGCGACAAAGAUGAUGACCAAAAGAAAAGACAAGGCAAGAGGAGACGCUGCUGGCGUCCAGGCUUCCGAUGUCGCCACCUGCAAGGACGUUGGCAGCCUCCGAACCUUGCUUUGGCAGCUGGCCUUUGCCACCCAGAACAUCGAGGCCACUGGAGGCUUCGACCACUGUGGCGUGAGGCUGCUCUACGAAAUGGGCGCCGUCGCGGAGCAAAUCCGCGAGAUUACGCUGCGCCAGCGCCAGCGGCAAGCUGCGAUUAGCAUCCAAAAGGGUUGGAGCGACUACAAGGAGGCCAGGAAGCUUGCAGCCCUCAAGGAGCUGGAACGCCUGGAGGCCCAGCGUGGCGCGCCUCUGCCUUUCAUCCCCAUGCAAGGGGCCGGCUGGUGGCCGGAGGGAGCAGCAGCAAGCACUGCUGGCGGCGAUCUCCUGAGCCAGCUGAAGAGGGGGGCCGCACAGCCGCCUCAACAGCCUCAGCUGGAUGGCCGCUGCAUUUUGCAGAUGUUGGGCACCACCCCGCCGCCGGAGUCAGGGUCCCUUCCACUCUUCACUGGCCCUGGCCCUGGCCUAGAUGGCCGAGCAUUGCUGCAACAGUUUGGCACCACCCCGCCGCCGGAGUCAGGGUCCCUUCCACCCUUCACUGGCCCUGGUCCUGGCCUAGAUGGCCGAGCAUUGCUGCAACAGCUGCAACCGCCUGCGCCACUGGAUGGGCGUGCGCUGCUUCAGCAGCUCCGGGGGCCCAUGGCCCCCGCUGUUCCGCCCCCUUCAGCUCCGCCGGCCAUGUUGGGUCAGUCUGAGGCGUCCGCUCCCCGAAGCUUCGAUCCACAAUCGUUCUUCCGGACAGCAGAAUUGGCGCAACAGGGCGCCGCGCCUUACCCCGGGCAAGAGGCCAGGGGCAGCGGUUCUGUGGAUGUCCUCAGCGAAUUCGUGCGCGCAGCGCAAGUACAGCAACAAGGUCAGCGAGACCAGCCGGACAUCGCAGCCGUCACGCCAGCGCAAGCAUCCACCGCUUCACUUCCAGCUCCCCCCACUGAGCCUCCGACACUGCCACCGCCGGAGCCAGCGCCACCCGCAUCUCGUGAGGAGGAGAGACAGGCCUUACGCGAGAAGAUGCGAGCGUUGGCCGAGGCGCGGAAGCGCGCCGAGGCGGCGUCCCAGCCGCCCGCCGUGGCGCCACAAGGAGGCCCUUGCGGAGACUUCGGUGCGAUGGGACGCGGAAGCAUCCAGCGACUGCGCGAGAUCGUCGGCCCCAGCCCCACCGAUCUGGUACUACAGAACCUCCUGGAGCGCUUUAAGGGCGACGUAAACGCUGCUGCCAACACCUACUUCAGCAGCCUCUCGCAGGUCUAA